AGGUGAGGUUAAGUGUUAUGAGCGAAAUGGCCGACGAAACUGCUGUUGCCAAGGAAAGGCUAGCUCAAGAGGAAUAUGUCACGCCAAUGAGAAUGGAGCCUGAGCCAAAGAAACCUUCAGAUUUAGUCCCUGAAGCAAGUACUCCAUACUCUGACAACCCUCCACCAAAACCUCAGGCAAGGGUCAGGGGUAAGAAAGCUCCUGAACUUCCAGUAUUUGAAAGGAGAAACUGGUUAAUUCAUCUUCACUAUGUCAAGAAAGAAUUUGAGAACUGCAAGGCUCUAAUUAAGGACCAGCUUCAGGAAUCAAAUGGCCUAUGUGAGUACGCCCUCUAUGUCCAAGCUCUUAUCCUCCGACAAGAAGGCAGGAUUCAGGAAUCAUUAGAGUGCUUUCAGACAUGUGCCUUGAUUAAUGCUCAAAAUCCAGACAACCUGAAGCAAGUUGCUCGCUCUCUAUUCCUAUUAGGAAGGCACAAGGCAGCCAUAGAUGUUUAUUCUGAAGCAUCUCGGAUGACGGAGAGAGACUGGGAGAUCGCUCAUAAUCUAGGAGUCUGCUACAUGUAUUUAAAAGAGUAUCUCAAGGCCAAGGAGUACCUAAAGCAAGCCAUCCAGUAUAACAGACACGAUUUAUCAUAUGUAAUGCUUGCUAAGAUAUACUUGAUGGAAGGAGACAUCCAAAUGGCUACUGAUGUUUAUAAAAGAGCUGUUGAGUCUUUUCCUGAAAACCCUGAACUUUUGACAACUCUUGGUCUUCUGUACCUCCAGAGUGGUCAGAAUCAACGUGCCUUUGAGCAGCUUGGGAAUGCAUUGACAUAUGACCCCAGUCAUGUAAAAGCUAUUCUAGCGGCGGGUAGUAUGAUGCAGCAGCAUGGUGACUUUGACGUAGCUCUUACCAAGUACCGUAUCGCUGCUGCAGCCGUCCCUGAGAGCACAUCACUCUGGAACAACAUUGGCAUGUGCUUCUUUGGCAAGAAGAAAUACGUUGCCGCAAUCAGCUGUCUCAAGAGGGCGUCCUACCUGUCUCCGUUUGACUGGAAGAUCAUGUAUAACCUAGGCCUCGUUCAUCUCACCAUGCAGCAGUAUGCAUCGGCCUUUCAUUUCAUCAGUGCAGCCAUCAAUCUCAGACCAAAGAUGGGACAGCUCUACAUGCUGUUGGCCGUUGCUUUGACUCAUCUAGAUGAUGAAGAGAAUGCUAAUAAUGCAUAUGAGCAGGCUGUGGAAUUGGAAGAAAAAGAUCCAUCAGUGUGGCUGAACUAUGCAGUGUUUCUCUACAAUAGAGGAGAUAGGAAGAAUGCAGCCAAGCACUUCACAACCUUUGAACACAAACUACAGAAACUGAAAGAAGCAGGAACUCAAGAAAUUGACCAAGAGUUGACAGAGACGGCAGGUAAGCUGGGACCAGCCCUCCAAGUGGGUGAAAAUCUGGUAUGGAAAGACCAAUCCAACAACAGGCAACAACAACCAAUGAGUAGCAAUCCACCACCACAACAGUCAACACAGGCUGCAGCAGCAAACUCUGAUGCAGCAUUGAUGGCAGCGUUACAGAACGCUCCACCGCCUUACUCGGCAGUAGAUCCUGAAGCCGCCAAUCGACAGCAGAGAAGAAAAGAACUUGCACAGUAGACAUUGGGCUGCAGCAGCAAACUCUGAUGCAUCAGCAUUGAUGGCGGCAUUACAGAACGCUCCACCGCCUUACUCAGCAGUAGAUCCCGAAGCCGCCAGUUGACAGCAGAGAAGAAAAGAACUUGCACAGUAGACAUUGGGCUGUGAUUUCUUUUAGGAUCGUGGUGUAUUAGAGGACAGUGUCUGCAUGGACCACCAUGUACUCAUCAGACGAUAUAUGAAAUACAGUGGAUUUCUUUGUAGAUUAGAGAGCAUUGUAUGAUGUUUAUACUCAUUUGUAUUGACACUUAACUUUUUAGAUAUGUUUGUACUUGAACUUAUUUACUGGUUAGAACUCUAUGAUGUUCAGCUUUCUCAGAUGUUGCUCUGUGGAUCAAUAAUCAGAACUUCAUAACAACAACAAUAAUGAAUAUUAAUUUUCUGCAUUAAUACAUUGAGGUGUUUAAAGAACAAGCGUAAUGGUUGAUUCUAUUCCUUUGACCUCAAAAUGUCUCAUUUUAAUUUGCAUGGUUAGUUAAAACUAAUUCAAACAAGGUAAAGAUUUUUUAAGUUGGUGAAGUAUUUUGUUUUAGUCAAAGUGCUACAGUGCGGCAUUCCACUUUUCCUGGGACAUGUAGUGUAGCAGUGUUAACACAUUUGAAAGAUGGCUUUCAGCUCUUUGUGGAUCCUAGUCCUCUGAUACUUACUUCAUAUAGGACAACAAAAGUAUAAGGAUUGUGUUUUAUAAGUAGUCAGGACAUUGUCUCACAAAGAGUUACAAUUGAUCUGAUCAAUCAUAACUAUGGAAAUCCAUCAGUGUCAAAAAAUUUUCUUUGAAAAAUUUGCACAAUGUCCUUUUUAUGCAAAGAGAAGCUCAGUGACGUUUUUCAAGAGAACAAUGAAUGCAUGAUUAUACAUCACAGCUAGACAAUACUUUGAACAAACAGGCAUAAUAGAUGUUGACAUUGAUGGCCGUCCAUAGUUGCAACUGAAUGGAUCUAUUGUAUCUCUUUGUAAGAUGGGGCCAUGAUUUUCAGUAAAAAUUAUACCUUUUUCAUCCAUGCAGUCAUAUCUUUUAUAUGACUGGUACGCGAGGAUAAUUCGUCCAUAUACAUGUUUCCAGAAAAUCAAAUUAUUUAUUUCUCACUCAUCUUUAAUUGACAUUUUUUCUGGCUAAAUUUAUUGGUACCAAUUAUACUUUUGCGUGAAAGGCCCAUGAUAGAUAUAUAGUGCAUUACAGGAUUUAUGUCAAGUGUACAUAGUGUAUAAAGAUAUUAAAAUCACCUUGAACAUAGAGCAUUAUGAUAAUUAUUUUGUAUUUGUGUGUGCAAUGUUAAACUCAGUUCAAUUUAUUAGAGCGUCAUUAGUUCUAAGAAAUGUUAAUUCAAUAAUACUGUGAGAUUUUAAUAUUUUUCAUGCAAUGAUUUUUAUCAUGGGGUAAUAAUAUUUAUAAUGAAAAUAUGUGGAAUAUGUGUUAAAGAGAAAGGUAUUGUAUAGAUUGAACACAACCUUUGUUUCUCAAUAUAUCCAUGUUCUGUAAUUGCGUUUUCAAUCAUGAUUCAUGUUGCUGUUUAUUUUAUAUAAUCAAAUUUGAACACAC